UUUUAUUUUGAAGUGACAAAAAAAGAUCCUAUUUGAAUUGAAGGUUAUGUUUAUCCUUUUUGUUUUACAAUUAAUUAAACUAAUACAUUUGUUUGUAUAACGCUCAGGAGUCUACCGGACUGUUUGCAAUUCUCCUCGAAUCUAAAUAGUACACAAUAAAAUUAUAUAAAUGAGUGCGCCGGUUCAUGACCCCGGUCCGGAACAAUUUCAACAGUUUCCACCAAACAGAAUAAUAGUUAUACAUCCUGGUUCAUUAUAUGUGAGAAUAGGAAGAGCUUCUGACCUUCUUCCAGUUAAACAGCUACACUGCAUUGCUAGGAAACGACGUCCUGGAGGUAAAAUUUAUCGGGACCUGUUUGUGCCACCUAGCAUCCCUAAAACAAAGGAACUGAUAGAAGAAUUGGAAGAAUGUCGCCUUCAGAUAUCGCACACUCUUCAGUCAUGUAUGCAGUCCAAUGGAUCCAGAAGAUAUGCUACUCCUCCACAACAAAUAGCUGCUUUUAACCGGCGAUCAUUACCGGACAGUGUUAACGACGGUGAACCAUGGCCUCAAGUUGAGUGUGAUAUUAUCGUCGGUGAUUUGGUCUUAGAUGUCGACCCGGAACUAGAAUAUAAUGUUCAUUUUCCAUAUAAAAGAGGUGAUUUUAAUAUACAUUCAGAAAUUGGUGGCUCUAUUUCUUCUGUAUUAAAUGAUUUGUACACAAUUUGGAGCUCGAUUAUUGAAUAUAAAUUAGGUAUACCACUUAUGGAACUAGUUAAAUACAGAUGUGUAUUACUAAUACCUGAUAUUUACUCCAGAAGUCAUUUAAAAUGUCUAAUGUCGUUAUUGCUGAAAGAUUUAGGGUUUGGACAUUGUUUCUUAGUCCAAGAGAGUGUGGGAGCCACAUUUGGGGCUGGCAUAGGAUCUGCUUGUGUUGUAGACAUUGGUGAUCAGAAGACUGCAAUAUCCUGUGUUGAAGAUGGUAUCUCACAUAAAACCACAAGAUUACGGAUGGACUAUGGAGCUGGAGAUGUCUGUCAAACACUAUCCUGGAUGUUCCAUAAAAGUGCUUUUCCUUAUAAGAAUUGGAAUGAAAAUACUCCAAGAGAUGUGGUAUUAAUGAGAAAUUUAUACCAAGAUUUCUGUCAUGUCAAUCUUGAUGUAUGUGGUCCACAGGAAAAGUCAUUCCUUGUUGAUCACCCAGGUGAUGUAAUUAACAAAUACACACUGCAAGUUGGUGAUGAAUGCAUAAUAUCUCCACUAUCCUUGUUUUACACAGAUUUGCUGAAGAUAACUGGACAGAAAUCAACUAAAAUCCAAAGCAGACAGCCUAGCGACCCAGAGGAUCCUUUCGAUGCAGAGUUUCUCCGAGAAACUGGCAGAAAACGGGAGACUGUAGACCCAAUUGCGAAUGAAAGUCAACAAUUUGAAUCUGUGAAUGAAAACCAACCAACUGGAAAUGCUGAUGAAGAUAUUGUAGUUGACACACUCGAUGGUGGUCCCGGAGACAUAGUUUCUUUAGCACCUGGUCAGGUCCUAGGUUUAGAUGCAGCUAUUUUACAAAGCAUUGACAGAUGUUCAAGUGAAGAGUUAAAAAGAAAGAUGUACAGUAGUAUUCUGAUAGUAGGUGGUGGGGUUAAAGUUCAUGGUUUGAAUUUAUGGUUGCAAAAUAGGCUAGCUCUUCAAAUACCUUAUGCUUAUAAGACUGAACAAUUAGAAAUAGUUACAUCUCCAAAAGACAUUGAUCCAGCAAGUACAGUUUGGAAAGGAGCUGCGGUAAUGUCAUGUUUGGAGUCAGCAAUAGAGUUGUGGAUUAAUCAGAGUGAAUGGACCAAAUUUGGUCUCAAGAUAUUGAGAGAAAGAGCACCUUUUAUUUGGUGAGGGGUUAUUUGAUAAGUUGGGUUCUUACUGCCACUAACAAUUAAAAUAUGUAAGACUCAUUGUUAUAUGAAUAUGUUAAUAAAUGUAUAUGUAUAA